GUUUUGGAGUUAAAGGUGUUGCCGUCUCUGUCGCAGAAUUUCCCCCUUUUUAUACUCUCCCUCUCCAAAUUCAUACAACAAUUCCCCCAAUUUCAAUUUCAAUUUCAAUUCCUUCAUCGCAAAAUGGCUCUUAAGCUCAAUCUCCCAUGUCGAAAUCUCCCUUCCAAUUCCCACAAUCGCAGAUCUCCGGCCCCUCUCAUGGCCUCCACGCUUCACUCAGUCUCCAAAGAGACAGGGGGCACAAAGAAUCCAUAUUUACCUCCCCGGGAAGUUCAUGUUCAAGUGACUCACUCCAUGCCACCUCAAAAGAUGGAGAUCUUUAGAUCGUUAGAUGAUUGGGCAGAAAAGAACAUUUUGUCUUACCUAAAGCCUGUUGAAAGUUGUUGGCAACCUCAAGAUUAUCUUCCAGACCCGGAGUCUGACGGUUUCUAUGACCAGGUCAAGGAAAUAAGGGAGAGAUCAAAGGAUAUUCCUGAUGAGUAUUUUGUGGUAUUGGUUGGGGAUAUGAUCACUGAAGAAGCACUUCCAACUUACCAGACAAUGCUGAACACCCUGGACGGUGUCCGGGAUGAGACGGGUGCAAGCCUCACCUCAUGGGCAGUAUGGACAAGGGCCUGGACUGCUGAAGAGAAUAGGCAUGGCGACCUUCUGAAUAAGUACCUUUACCUGUCGGGACGAGUUGAUAUGAAGAAAAUUGAAAAGACCAUCCAGUACCUCAUUGGAUCAGGAAUGGAUCCCAAAACAGAAAACAAUCCAUACCUUGGUUUCGUCUACACCUCUUUUCAAGAGAGAGCAACUUUCAUCUCUCAUGGUAACACUGCCAGGCUAGCCAAGGAGCAUGGUGACUUUAAGCUGGCACAAAUAUGUGGUAUAAUUGCAUCCGAUGAAAAACGCCACGAGACUGCCUACACCAAGAUUGUGGAGAAGCUUUUCGAGGUCGACCCUGAUGGCACGGUUAUGGCUUUAGCUGACAUGAUGAAGAAAAAAAUCUCAAUGCCAGCCCAUUUGAUGUUCGAUGGCCAGGACAACAACCUUUUUGAUCACUUCUCAUCGGUUGCUCAGCGGCUUGGGGUCUACACAGCUAAAGACUACGCUGACAUUCUGGAGUUCCUCGUCAGCAGGUGGAAAAUAGAGAAUUUGACAGGUCUCUCGGGCGAGGGGCGAAAAGCACAAGAUUUCGUGUGUGGGUUGCCUCCAAGGAUUAGAAGGCUGGAAGAGAGGGCUCAAAGCAGAGCCAAGCAAGCACAACGAGUUCCAUUUAGCUGGAUCUUCGGUCGAGAAAUACAAAUGUAAGAGAAACCGUCUCAAAGGAAGGUUUUAGACUACUUGAACGAGGCCUCUCUGAUGAAGUUCGAAUACAGAUCUGCAGCAUUUUCAACUUUAGUAUUAUUUUCAAGUCCGAAUUGCUCAAGAGAAAAUAUGUAGAUUAGACUUUGUUUCAGCUGCUGUAUUUGGUAGUUGUGAUACCCAGCUCCUUAUUUCUUUCGAAGAAAAGUAUCGGUAUUGGUUCGGGUUUUAAGUUUUGUCGUACACGAAAUAGAAUGCCUAGUAAGUUCUUUAUUAAUGGAAACAACUAUAGUAAUUUUGGCACAAAAUCAUAAUGGUGCUUUUCCUUUAUUUGUUUGAAUCAUCACCAAGAUUCAUUCCUA